AUGGAACGAUUGGCUAUUAACGAAGCUUCUUCCGAGCAGGUGGCCCCUUCUGUUGCAACUGUCGGCACAUCUCGCUUUAUCACGUCUUCCUUUGAAGUGCUUCAUCAUAAGCGCCAUGAGACAAGAAAAUAUCCCAAUACUUGGUUGGAGUCAUUCCAGCAACUUUUAUCAGAGUCGAGGGCUCCACCAUCUUUUCAACUGAAUUUACUGGACUUAACAUGUUAA